AUGGAUUUCAGUGGUAUUUCUAGAGGCUCCAUCCGGGCCCGGGCCUACCAGAAGUUGGCCAAACUCUCUGUGGAAAACACCUCUGGUGUCACCAAAGAGAACUUCAAUGUCUUGUUCACCUCCACGUCCCAGCCUACCCAGUUGUCUCUGGUGGCCAUGUCUUUGAACGAGUUUGAGGUGUUGAGCGCUUUGUGUGACGCCGUGGACUCUUCUAUGGCUAAUAAGGACCAGGCUCAUGUUUUGGAGGGCAAGUUCCAUUUGUACUUGCUUGAAUUGCCUCGCCAGAAGUUCUCGAGUGCUGUGUUUGAGAGGUUGGGUAAACAGGCUCCAUGGCACGUUUUGGGGGAGAAGCUUGCUAAGGCGUUGCUGAAGUUGGCGUUUAAGUUUGAUGGCGUUUUGCUUGAUAAGGUGAUUGAAACGUUCCAGAUGUUUGUCAAGCGGUUUUUCGCUAACCAUGAUCUUGAGCUUUCUGACUACUUGACCUUGUUGGGUGUCAUGAGUGGCCUUGUGAAGGGUGCUCUGUUGCUUUCUGCUUCUCCUCAGGCGUUUAAGAUUUUCCUCCAGUUGGACGUUUGUAUUGACAAUUUCGAUUUCUUGAACGAUGUCGAGUCGUACAUUUCCACUGCCUACUCGUAUGGGGACCUUAGAAAGUUCCUUGACCACCAUGGCGUGGGUGAAUUCUCGCCUAUUUUGUUUGUGGAGCGUUUGAGUUUCUUGAUGAGUGCCAUUGCCAACUCAAUUCUCGGUUUGGACAAGUCUACCACCUUGUUGGACUCCUUGUUGGCUAGAGCUGCUGCUGACCUGGAGGAAGAUUACGACCCAUUGGCCGAUCGCUCGAGACUUUCCAACGGUACUGCCUUGAAGAACAUCCCUAACGGUACUAUCCGUUCUUUUGCUAGCAGCGAGGAGGUCUUUUCGUUGAACGAAGACUCCCCUGCUGGUCCUUUGACUGCUGAGCAGAUGGACUUCCUUGCUCAGCUUGCCCAGCUUGCUCUUGCUAAGAUCAAGUUCUUGGACCGUGGUGAGUCGUACAUUGUGUACUCUACCUACAACCGUUUGGAGCUUGGUUACCUUGCCAAGAGCAGCUUCUUGCUGAUUAUUGGUUGUGGUGCUUACAACAAGCUUGUGGACGUCGAAACUGCUACGAAGAUCUUCCACAGCUCUGUCAGUAUCUACGAUGUUAUGUUGGACCGUAACCUCGGUGCUUCAGUGAUCCAAUUGGGUUCCUUGCUUACUUUCUUGGACCCAUCUGUUGGUUCUUCUUUGACCAGAUCGUUCACCUCCUUGGUUGCCAACCCCAACUUUGACUCUCAAAGCUGUCAAGUUGCCUCUAAGAGUGUCGGUGUGGCCAGUAAGGUUCUUUCCCAGGAUGCUGUCGUUACCACCAUUUAUGCCUUGACUAACUUGUUGUUCGUGGGUAAUGAUGGUUUGCAAUUGCAGUAUCGUGCUAGAAGAAACACUGGUCUUAGAGGCGCUUCUACCGCUGAUUCUUCUGGUAACCAACAUGAGAACAGCGCCACUCGUCUCAUCUCCCGUAACAGCGUGCUGAAGAGAGUUUCUUCUACCGCUACCAAGGAGAGCUUCAACUUUACUGAAACGGAGUACAAGAAGGUUUGUGAACAUGCCGUCAUUGCUAUUUCUGAGGUUGUUGCCGCUUGUGGAGACGAGAGUGUUAGUACUUUGGCUACUACCAUUUUGUCCCAGAAGGCUUUGAAGUUGAACCACGUUACUGCUCCUUUGUUGCUCAAGGGUUUGGUGGCUACAGCUCCAUACUUGCCUGAGAAGGAGUUCGUUAUUUUGGUUAGAUUGAUCCACAAGUUGACCUUCGAUGCCUACGACAACAAGAAGACUGAGCUUUUGGACAUCCUCCAGGAGAAUGCUUGUGACUUGUCCAGAAUCCUCAAGCAAGAGAACCCAUUGUACUUGGUCUAUUUGUCUGAGCUUUUGACCGCUAUUGUCAGUAAGGGUGACGUUCAGGUCUUGGACCAUCACCGUUCUCACAACGAGAUCAGUGCCAUUGGUGACCAGAUUUCUAUCUACUUGAAGCCUUUGGCUGCUCUUUUGCCUGAUGUGCACAAGGAUGAAGCUCCUUUGACCAUCAAAAACAACAAGAUUGUGGACUUGUUCAGAAACAUCUGGUUCAACAUGGUGGUGCAUGGCUACUCUGUCAACUCCACUCAUGGUAAGACUUUUGCUACUGAGUUGGAGAAGAUUGCCUACAACACUCCACCAUUGGCUUCUGAGGUUUCUUGGGACAGAACCGAGACUUCUUUGGAAUUAAACACUGUCUUGAAGCGUGGUUCCUCUAACCAUAACGUGAAGGACCACAGACACAUUGUUGGUGACGUCUUUGAGAUUUCCAGAACUUUGUCUCACUCCAGGUUGAUGUUCUUGGCGGCCGCUUUGUUUGUCGAGUCGCUUAGAGUGAAGACUGGUGACUGUCACACCAUCUUGAAAUACUACUCCGACCCUUCAAUGAGAACAAGUGGAAUUGACAAGUACAUCGGGUCUGUUGCUUUCCAUAUCAACAAGGACUUUAUUGAGUUGAUCCACUGUGGUGCCGACAAGCAGUUCUCUGCCGACAACAUUGCCGAACAGCUCACUCACAUGUUGACUUUGUGCUGUUACGGACAAGAGGAUUUGCAAGAUGCUGCCAUCAAGUGUUGCGACUUGCUCAUUAACAAGGUUCCAUCUUCCUUGUGUCACCACAGAAGUUUGUUCGCUUUGUUCGAUGUGUUGACUCUCUUGUACGACAGUGUUAUGGAUGCUGAAAUUAGCCAGUAUGAGCCUACUUUCGCUUACACUGCUUACAAGACAGGUAUCCAAUUGAACUUACCUGACUCCUAUGUGUGGAGACAGGCUACCUUCAAGAGACUUCAUGAGAAGGCCAAGCACUGGACUACUUUGCUCUUGGCAAAGUGUUCCUUUGACACUAAGAGUUUGAUUCAGUCUUAUGUUUCGGACCCUGAUGGACAACUGUCCAGACAAGGAAUCCAGUUUGGUGUUUCUUUCGCUUUGGAGGCUGCCGGUAGCAUUGGACCUACUGAUCGUGAGUUGGUCCACCUUUCCCAGGCUAACCCUGCUGCCCUGACUUUGCUUCCUGGUCUUGUUGCUCAGUUGACAUGGAGAUCCAACUUUGUUUCUGACUUGAUGAACAGAGUGCCUUUGCAUACUCCUGAGGCUGCUGAGGAAGCUAUUCGUGAAUUAAGAAUUCAGGUGAAGUCCUUGAAACACUUGAUCAGCGAUGAAGGUCAGCACGUCCCUAACAAGGAUGUUCUUGACCUUAUGAGUGAACUUGCUGGAUUCUCUUUGAUUCAGAACAGUAACUUGGCUGAGGCCAUUCGUUACUUGGUUGAGAUUCCAUUUGUUAUCUUUGAGUCAAGCAUCAUGAAGGGCGCCCUUGGAAUCUGGGGUGCCGUCAUGAAGGAGAAGCCAAAUCUUUCCAUUCUUGUUUUGUCUGAAAUUACCAAGAGAUGGGAGAUGUCGAUUAACAUGAAGCAAGGUGUCUACUCUACUGAGUUUGACCUCGAGGAUCCUGAGUUCGCUAAGAUGGAGUAUGCUCCAAGUAACUACAAGUAUGCUUCGAAGAAGGCUACAGCUGUCAGCAAGACUUUCCAGCCACAUUCUGAAAUUAUCAAGUUGCUUUCUUCCAACUUUGAGGCUACCUUGAACCAAAGUGACCAUUUGUUGAAGCUUUUCACCAGGUUUGUCAAGACUGGUUUGCUGAAUUUGAGAUCUGCCAGUUUGCACCCCUUCGCUAGAUACACCAGAUUUGAGUUGAUUAGAUUCGCUUUCGAUGUUUUGAACUACCACAUCAAAUUGAGAUCCAGAUCUGGACAACGUCUUACUGAAUUGAUCAUCGAUGGAUCUUUGUCCUGGUUUGAAGGCAGAGCCGGUUUCCCAUUCGGCUCUAACGUCUUGAAGAUGAAGGCCGACUUUACCUUGUUGAAGGAGGUGACUAAGAUGUUGAACAAUGUUAACACUUUCCGCAGCAGCACUUUGGAACUGAAGAAGACUUUGUUAAUGUUCUUCUUGGACGAUGAGAUCUCCAAGAUCUCGGUUUGGUUGAACCCAGCUAUGCCUAACGAUACUAGAGGCACCUUCGCUACAUCGCACUUGAGCGGUGAACAUAUUACUAAGGCUUACGAGAUCAGUCCUCGUUUGGCUGUCAACUUGGCCAACCGUUACAAGCUUAGAAACUUGGACGAAAUUUUGCAAAGCUUGAUCACCAAGAACCCUGUGCCAGCACUUACUUGCCCAGAUGCUGUUCAGUACUUCAUUGGUAUCAAUGCUGGUUCGAGCAUGCCAACACAUUACUUGUUGUUCUGGGAUGCUCUUGCUCCAAUUGACGCUAUUACUUUGUUCUUGCCUCCAUUUGGUAAGAAUCCUUACAUUUUGCAGUACACUAUGAGAUCGCUUGAGCACCACGAUGUGAACUUGACUUUCUUCUACGUUCCGCAAAUUGUCCAGUCUCUUCGUUAUGACGCUAAGGGUUAUGUCAAGAGAUUUAUUGUUGAGACUGCCAGAGUUUCUCAAUUGUUUGCUCACCAGAUUAUCUGGAAUAUGUUGGCUAACAGUUAUAAGGAUGAAGACGCAACUGAACCAGACUCUUUGAAGCCAGUUUUGGACGAAUGUCAGAAGUUGAUGUUGGACAGCUUGGACCAGGAAGACUUGGACUUCUACAAGAAGGAGUUUGGUUUCUUCAACGAGGUUACCUCCAUUUCUGGUAAGUUGAAGCCAUACAUUAAGAAGUCUAAGGCUGAGAAGAAGGUGAAGAUUGACGAGGAAAUGGCUAAGAUUGAAGUGCAGCCAGACGUUUACUUGCCAAGUAACCCUGACGGAGUGUUGGUUGAUAUCAACAGAAAGUCUGGUAAGCCAUUGCAGUCGCAUGCUAAGGCUCCAUUCAUGGCUACCUUCAAGAUCAAGAAGGACGUUGAUGAUGUUGAUGAGUACGGCAACACCGUCAAGGUGCCAAUUGAGAAAUGGCAGAGUGCUAUUUUCAAGGUUGGUGACGAUUGCAGACAAGAUGUGUUGGCAUUGCAGUUGAUCUCUGUCUUCAGAUCUAUCUGGUUGGCAAGUGGUUUGGACCUUUACGUUUUCCCAUACCGUGUUACCGCUACUGCUCCAGGUUGUGGUGUGAUUGAUGUGUUGCCAAACUCUACCAGUAGAGAUAUGCUUGGUAGAGAGGCUGUGAAUGGCUUGUACCAGUACUACAUCACCAAGUUUGGUCCAGAGACAUCUAUUGAGUUCCAGAGAGCCAGAAACAAUUUGAUCAGAUCGUUGGCUGCCUACUCGAUCAUCUCGUACUUGCUCCAGUUCAAGGACAGACACAACGGUAACAUCAUGUACGACGACCAAGGACAUGUGUUGCACAUUGAUUUCGGAUUCUGCUUUGACAUUGUGCCAGGUGGAGUGAAGUUCGAAGCUGCACCAUUCAAGUUGACCAAGGAAAUGGUGAUGGUGCUUGGAGGAAACGACCAGACGCAAGCUUACAAGUGGUUCGAGGAACUCUGUAUCAAGGGAUACCUUGCAUGUAGACCAUACAUGGAAACGAUUGUGAGAUGUGUGAAUCCUAUGUUGGAGAGUGGCUUGCCAUGUUUCAAGGAGACCACGAUCAAGAAGUUGAGGAAGAGAUUCUCUCCAGGCAAGACGGAGAAGGAGGCGGCGCAGUUCUUCAAGGGCUUGAUCAAGAAGUCGUACGAGAGUUUCUACACCACCGGUUACGAUGAGUUCCAGCGUCUUACCAACGGUAUUCCAUACUAA